CCACAACCACAACGUGCAUACCAUGUUACCGGCGUACUAGUACUUCGAGCUGACGGUCUGGUGACGAUCCGCAUUCAGCCUGUGCCCAGAACGCUGCGUUUCUGAGCCCAACGCGGCGCGUGGGCUCACUGUGUUACUCUAGGUCAUCUUGUCAAACUCUCUCUCGACUGGAUGUGCUACGUAUGAGGAUGUAAUCGAAGGUUUGACCGGCUAGAGAGGGACGUUCUUGCUAUUCGUUUCCGCUCGGCUGGCGCGAUUGACUCUUCGACAUGGUGGAUCUUCUAUGCAUGCAGAAGGAACUCGUGUGAUUCGGCCUUGUAGGUACAUGGCUUCCUGCCGAGGUAGAGCGCUGUCCUGGGAGGGGCGAUUACCGCAGCACACGCACAGGCUCGAUCGAGAAUUGACAGAAUCUAAUCAUGCAGUAAGGUAUAUAUUGUUCGGUCAGCGGAGAGUCCUUCUCUUGUAACUAUGAUCGAAAGGACGAACCCCCAGAGGACCUUCGGAGACUUUGAGAAAUAUACGUCUCGAAGAAAGUCUCGUCCCUGUGGUUCACAAAGGAUCGCUGUAGCAAGUGCGGCACCUUUGCUGCUAGCGGCUUGAAGAAUUGCGCCAAAUGUCAUGGGGUUGCCGGAUCGUACUGCUCCAAAGAAUGUCAGAUCGCUCACUGGAAGGUCCAUAAGCCUGUCUGCCGACCACUCGCCCCCAUUCAGUUCUGGGGCAUCAAGAUACUCGACAACAGCCAUGGUCCCUGGAGUCGUCGAAUCGAACACGUCCUCAUGGACACCGUUCACCCCAUAUUCUCCAAGGGGGAGCUCUGUCCGAUCACGGCGAUAUGCGGCUAUCCUCUUCUCAUAUAUAGCGAACGCAUCCAUGGCGGAAUGAGGGCAAAGGACGAUAACCAGCCCGCGGUGUACCUGCGCAUCGAGCCCGACAAUGGGUUUGCUCCAACGCAUUGGCAAUUGGACGAUAACGGAACUUGCUACGUCAUCCGGGCAGACCGCAGGAUGUUGACGAAGGAAGCGAUCGAGAUUGUCUACAAGUUCCAUAGUCAUCUACUUAGCGAGAUAGAUGACGAGCGGCGCGGCAAACCGCAUCCGUGUUGGCUGAGACCGCUUGGCCCUGAGUGGCUCCGAGAGUUUGCCGAUGAGUAUAGGAAGAAGCAGAUAGCUGAAGGACGGCCUGGAUUUGAUUUCUUUCCUUGAUCGGGAUUCAUUGUUUCUGUACGACGUCAGCUUAUGUGCGCAUAUAUGUCUGCAGAGGGUUGCAGCGGGUACUAUAGCCCGGUAUCGAAU